AUGUCACUACCCUCUCCUACUACUACUAAUGAUGAUGGUGGUGGUGUUAUUGUACUACCUACCAUUGAGUCCUCUCAGGAACUUGGUACCCCUUCAAAGGUUGUUGUUAUUACCAAGCCACCUAUCUUACCCAUACUAGGGUAUACAUGGAUAGUAGAGCCUACUCUUGGUAUUAUACCCAUAUAUGAAUGCCCUCAGCUAGGACAAACCUUUAUUAGCAGUAGUAGUAAUGCUGCUGGUAGUAGUGGUAGAGAAGGAGGAGGUGGACAGUCUCCUGAUGGACCUAGAUGCCAGGUAUCAGUACCAUUGAAGGAAUCAUUCAUGAAGUUGGUUAAUGACACUGGCUUUGCCGUACCAGAGGGCCUUCCUAUCGAGGAUAGGUAUGUUGAUAUUGGUCUACGUAGAGAGAAAGCUGAAGGUAUGGCCAAGAUGGCUAUUGAGUUACCUUCCAAGCGGAAAUACCUACGAGCUCAACUAGAGAGACGUUGGGAAGAAGAAGAGGCGAUCCUUAGGGCUCAGGAGUUGGAGGAUCGACAGGAGUUGAGGUCGGCAGGAUUCUAUACCAUACCAGACCAUGCCGCACUACCUCAUGAUGCUAAGGCUCAUCAUCCAAUGCCUCUCCCCACUGAUGGUGGCUUUGCCGAGUCUGCAUCAUCAUCAUUGACAUGUUCCAUCACUCUGGCGAAUACGAACUAUCAAACUCCAGUGAAGUCGUCCUCUAGUUCGAUGGCUGCUAUCAUCAGUAACAACAACAACAACACAGCACCACACCCUACAGCAACAACAUCUCCUGUGGCAUCUACACCAUUCACACUUAGUGCCAUGUGGACCCCUGAAACCCAAGCACCUCUAGGCAACAACCCUAACGUUGGACCAUUGUGGUCAAGUAGACAGUCAUCAGUGCUGAGUAGUGCUGCUGCUGUUGCUGUUGGGGCUGGGGCUGCUACUACUGGUAUAGUAAGUAGAGACCUGACGACCAAGAGGUAUGAUACUCAUGCAUGGAAAAGGCGUAUUAAGCAAUGGAAGGAGCUCAAGGCACAGAAAUUGAGUACCUAUCAUAAUAAACAACUAUCGAGAUCAAUAUUACUAAACAUAUUCUUUAUCCUACUCAUUACUGUUACCUUAUUCCUUAUUAUAUACUUCUCCCCCCAACAACUGAAAACUCAGAGAACGGUGUUAGAAGCAGUCAUUGGUAACGUAUCCAUUUGGAACGUAUCCACAUGGUUGGAUUUACUUAUUUUUGUUGAUGUCCUAUUGGAUGUUAUGUUAUUCCUAAUAGCAUGUAUGCUUGUUAAAUGGCCGAGUGCUCCUCUAUUCAGUCGUCAUAUACAGGGAGUACUCAAUAAGACAGCAGCAGCAGCAGCUGCAGAGGAGGAAGAGGCUGCUGCUGUUGCUGGUCGACGACACUCUAUUACAUUGAAGGAUCAUAGUCAUGUUGUACAUGCUGGCAUUAAUGUGGAUAAUAGUGAAUGUUGUACUACUGGUGAUGGCGGUGAUCUGGAAUCGGCUAUACCUAGUGAAGGGUAUGAUGAUGAUGAUGAUAUUGAGUCAUCGAUAGUCAUCAUCAAUAGUGAUAAUGAUGAUACUGACUCCUCUACGGAUACCAAAAGCCUUGAAUUCGUAUUAGAACAGAAUAUAACGAGUAAUUGUUGCCUGAUGAUAGCAUGUCAUCUAUCUACUAUGACUAAUGAGAGAUAUGCUACCUUUACUAAUACACUACGAUCAGCUAUGAAUGUAUUCCCUCCUAGCCAUAUCUUCGUAUGUGAUAAUGGUCCAACUCUACAACCACAAGAUCAAACACAAUGGGCUACUGAGGAGGUACAUCCUGAUAUUAAUUAUUUAUAUACUCCUGAAGGCAAUAAGACAUUUGCCUUUUAUUGGUGUAAUAAGUAUUGGAUACCCUUCCUAGAGGCUAAUCAUAAGAUACCACAAUUUACAUAUGCUGUAAUAAUCGAUGAUGAUGUACCUCUACCACAUGAUCUUCAUAUACCUCAAGAACAGCUUACUAAGGAUCCGACUAUAAAGGCUGUACACUUCCCUAUCACAGCUGCAUCCCCUAAUGGUAAUCCUAAUAUUCUCGUUAGAUGUCAGGAUAUUGAAUAUAAGAUGGCUGCAGUUCACAAGCUAUUCCAAGCGUCUAUGGCUAGAUGUCUGUCGUGUCAUGGUGCUAUAGCAUUAUGGGAUCGUGAGGCACUUGAUGAGAUAUUCUAUGAACAUGAUACUGUAUUUAAUGGUGAGGAUAUGUAA